GACAAUUUGGGCCGUUUACCUAUAAGAUACUUGCUCCUAAUCCGGCCUCAAAAGGCGCAGGUGCCUCGCUAAACUACCCGAGAGUCGCCGAAACCGACCGAGAAGCUCCGAUGGCGGCUCGCUGCAAGUUCUGGCUGCCCAAGAAGAACAGAUUCUGCGCCAACACCCCUCUCAACGAUUCACCGUUCUGUGGCAAUCACACUCCGAGGUCCGAUGCUCAGUGGAUACCAUGCCCACUCGACCCAUCUCACUCUGUGCUUCAAGAUAACUUGGAAGGGCACAUCAAGAGAUGCCCUUUGCUCAAACAAACUCAGUCCUUGUCCUUGCAACCUUUCUACCAGAAGGGUAUCAAUGCUGGUAAUGAGGACGAGGAUGGUGUGCCGUUGAGUAAUUCGUCGCUGGGGCAUCCGGAUAAUGUUUCAUCGGAGAUGAAGAGGAGUGCAGUGUAUGGUCUGAGUGUGCCGGAGUUUUGUAGUCUGAUUGACAAGAUUAAGUCUCUGCACGAGUCUACAUGCGGGGAUAUUAGAGACUCGUUCAAGGUCACAGAUGCUUGUGACAUCUGGAUCAAGGGACAAGUUGAUAGAAAAUUACCAUUUCAGGAGAAACAUGUGAUGCAACAGGCGUCGAUUCUGGGGAACAUGGUGGAGCAUGGGGUUUUGAAGAGAUUUGAUAUGAGGGAUAAGUGUGAUAAUGAGGGACAAUGUGUGAAUGAUGAAAAUAAGAAUGAUGUUCCUGCCGUUGUUGAGUUUGGAGCAGGAAGAGGUUAUUUGACGCAAAUGCUUGCUGACUGUUAUGGGAUUAAUAGAGUCUUCUUGGUUGAGCGGAAGGCAUACAAGCUUAAGGCUGAUCGAUCCUUGCGACAAAAAGAGAGCUUGUUAUUAGAGCGCUUGAGAAUUGACAUUGAGGAUUUAAAUUUGCAUGCUGUCGAGUCUUUACGGGGAUCUCCAUUCUUGGCUAUUGGCAAGCAUCUCUGUGGUCCGGCAACAGAUUUGACUCUAAGAUGUUGCUUAUUAGAAAGAAAUAUGAUUGAUGAUGUUCAGAAAUGCCCCAUUCAAGGCCUAGCUAUUGCAACAUGUUGCCAUCAUCUUUGCCAGUGGAAACACUACAUAAAUAAGAGAUAUUUCUCAAAUUUGGGUAUCAAGAAGGAAGAGUUCCAUGCCAUCACAUGGUUUACCAGCUGGGCAGUGGAUGCUGAUCACGGUUCGGAUCUUUCUGAUGUCAAGGAUCCAAGAUCUCAUCUUCCAACUAUUGAGAAGGAAGAAGAUGGAGAGGAUGCGACCCCUGUUAAAGACACCAACGGAAAGAUGGAAGCAGUAGAAAGGGCUGUGCUGGGGUUCAUGUGCAAGCAGAUCAUCGACAUCGGGAGACUAAUGUGGCUGAAGGGACGCGGACUGGACGCGCAACUUGUCAAAUACGUUCCCCAAAACAUCUCGCCGGAGAACCAUUCGUUGAUUGCCAAGAGGCAAACUGGAUUGUGAUGAAUUCUGUCUACAUCUCAAUUGUGGAAUCAUGGGAGUAUCUUCUACUUCUUCAUUUGAAUCAAGGGAUUUAUGUCGUUGGAUUUGCUGAGGAAUGUGUAAACUUUUGGUCUGAGAACAGACACUACAGAGUUUGAAGUUUUUGAAUGUGAACGCGCUUUCA